CGCAGAGGAGGAAGCGGAGUGCAGAUAUACCCCCUUCUCCUUUUGCAAUCCGGUUCAUAAGGCAUGCUGAUGGGUUGUGACAGAGAGGAUGCGACCCGGUCUGGGUGAAGUGACAUUUCUCGCCGGGACCUGGAUCAUAGCGCUAUUGCGUGGAGUCUGGGCAAUGCUGUGUGUGUUGCCUCUUGUAGAGUCGAUCAAUGCGAGGGUGAUUUGGUGGCGCCGGUGGUUGUGGGACAGAAAAUGGCUUGAUGUGGUAUGUGAUCAAGGCAGCGUGCAGGCACUGGAGAUUUGGGAAGGGAUUUCCAUUGUACUUAUGGCUGGGCACACGCUCAUUCCUGAGCGUGGUUCUAGUAUACGGCGCUCGGAUCGGGAGAUGGGUAAUAGACAGUUCGAUAUCAUCCUGCAUGGGCUUUGGUAGUAGAGUUGAGUCAUAAUAUUUCCAGGUGGCAUCAGCAUUUUUACUUCGCCGUAUGAGGUAGGUAUAUCAGUCAUAUUUUGAGUGCAAGGGUAUAUGAGAAACAAAGGUAGUAGAUGUGGAACGUGUGGUUGGAGCUUUGCUAUUGAUAUCCUCCAUUUCCAAGUG